UCAAGAAUUGUCUUCUUCUUUGGGCUUCUCUCAGCCACGUUUGCCUCUUCUUCAUCUUGUGAAGCCCAAAUUCACUCCCAUUUUUCUGGGUUUUCCCCCUUUUAAGAUCCCCUUUCUCUAAUCUCACCCACUCCAAUCCUGUUCUUCACUCCCCCGAUUUUGAUCUUUCCAUUUGUUCUUCGUUUCUGGGGUUCUAAUUGCUUUUUGUUCAUCAGAUUUCAUCGUUGAAUCCUGUUGAGUUUUGAUUUCUUGUUCGAGUUUUGUAUCUGGGUGUUGCUGAAAUUUUGUUCUGCUGACCAGUGAAUUAUAACAUUUGAAUCUGUAAGAUGGGAGACGUGGCCAAGGACCUCACAGCCGGGACGGUCGGAGGAGCAUCGCAGUUGAUAUGUGGGCACCCGUUCGAUACUAUAAAGGUCAAGCUGCAAAGCCAGCCUGUUCCACUUCCUGGCCAGCCUCCCAAGUUCUCUGGCGCCAUGGAUGCUGUCAAGCAGACUAUAGCAGCUGAAGGCCCUCGAGGGUUGUACAAAGGUAUGGGAGCUCCGCUCGCGACUGUGGCAGCGUUCAAUGCCGUUCUCUUUUCGGUUAGAGGACAACUGGAAGGACAGUUAAGGUCUCAACCCGGCGUUCCCCUAACUGUCAAUCAGCAGGUGGUUUGUGGAGCUGGGGCUGGGAUUGCUGUGUCGUUUCUCGCUUGCCCUACCGAAUUAAUCAAAUGCAGAUUGCAAGCUCAAAGUGCAUUGGGACAAUCCAGUUCAGCUGGUGUAACAGUGAAGUAUGGCGGGCCAAUGGACGUUGCUCGACACGUCCUCAAGUCGGAAGGUGGUACAAGGGGUCUAUUCAAGGGACUCGUUCCGACUCUAGCCCGUGAAGUACCUGGAAAUGCUGCCAUGUUCGGCGUGUACGAGUUGCUAAAGCAGCAGUUUGCAGGUGGUACAGACACUUCGAACCUCGGAAGAGGCUCACUGAUCGUGGCUGGAGGAUUAGCUGGAGCUACCUUCUGGUUCUCCGUCUACCCAACCGACGUCAUCAAGAGUGUAAUUCAAGUAGACGAUUACAAAAACCCGAAGUACUCGGGUUCUAUCGAUGCAUUUAGAAAGAUCCUAGCUGCGGAAGGAGUUAAAGGGCUAUACAAAGGCUUUGGCCCUGCCAUGGCCAGGAGUAUACCUGCAAAUGGCGCUUGUUUCCUGGCUUAUGAGAUCACCAGAUCAAGCUUGGGAUGAUUAUGAAUCCGCUCGAGUUAUGUAUUCCUUCCGAUAUUUGAUUGAACCAUUAAAAUUCUUCAUUUGUCACGUUCAAAUCUCUCAUAAACAUGUUUUUAAUCAUUCGAAUCGAUUUUGAUAAUAUGAAAACUACGAGAAGACGUGUAAAACUAAACAUUAUCGUGAUUUUGAAUGAUUGAAAGCAUGGGUAUCGAUC